GCUGUUUAAAGAUGGCGGCGGAGGAGCCUCAGCAGCAGAAGCAGGAGCCGCUCGGCAGCGACUCCGAAGGUGUUAACUGUCUUGCUUAUGAUGAAGCCAUCAUGGCUCAGCAGGACCGAAUUCAGCAAGAGAUUGCUGUGCAGAACCCUCUGGUCUCAGAGCGGCUGGAGCUUUCGGUCCUGUACAAGGAGUAUGCUGAGGAUGACAACAUCUAUCAACAGAAGAUCAAGGACCUCCACAAAAAGUACUCCUACAUCCGCAAGACCAGGCCUGAUGGAAACUGUUUCUACCGAGCUUUCGGAUUCUCCCACUUGGAGGCGCUGCUGGAUGACAGCAAGGAAUUGCAGCGGUUUAAGGCUGUGUCUGCCAAGAGCAAAGAGGACCUGGUGUCCCAGGGCUUCACUGAAUUCACAAUCGAGGAUUUCCACAACACGUUCAUGGACCUGAUCGAGCAGGUGGAGAAGCAGACCUCUGUAGCUGACCUGCUGGCCUCCUUCAACGACCAGAGUACCUCGGACUACCUGGUGGUGUACCUGCGGCUGCUCACCUCCGGCUACCUGCAGCGCGAGAGCAAGUUCUUCGAGCACUUCAUCGAGGGCGGGCGGACAGUCAAGGAGUUCUGCCAGCAGGAGGUGGAGCCCAUGUGCAAGGAGAGCGACCACAUUCACAUCAUCGCACUGGCCCAGGCUCUGAGCGUCUCCAUCCAGGUGGAGUACAUGGACCGCGGCGAGGGCGGCACCACCAACCCGCACAUCUUCCCCGAGGGCUCUGAGCCCAAGGUGUACCUUCUCUACCGGCCUGGACACUACGAUAUCCUCUACAAAUAGGGCUGGCCCCGGCCUCCUGCUGCCCUGUCUGCCCUCCCCUCUGCCGGGCGCUAGACAUGUACAGAAGUUUUUUGUGGUUGUAAAUGGUCAUAUUUCACUCCCUCCUCCACUUUCCCUGUCACGCAACCUUCCACAUUUUAUUAAAGGGGAUGCUGGUGGUGA